AGGCGGACCAGCUUUAAUUCUUUAUCUAGAGACCUAGACCUUCCUUCAGAACAAGGGUGUCUCUCUAUUGUUGUACUUGGGGCUUCUGGUGACCUUGCCAAGAAGAAAACUUUCCCAGCACUCUACCACCUUUUCGAUCAGGGAUUUAUACAGUCUGGCGAAGUGCAUAUAUUUGGUUAUGCUAGAUCAAAUCUUUCUGAUGACGGGUUAAGAGAACGCAUUCGUGGAUAUCUCAAAGGAGCCCCGGAAGAAGAUCUUUCAGAAUUUUUGCAAUUGAUAAAAUAUGUCAGUGGUUCUUAUGACAAUGGGGAGGGAUUUGAGAAAUUGAACAAGGCAAUAUCAGAGUAUGAGGCGUCAAGCAAAUCAGAAAGCUAUUGCAGGCUCUUUUAUUUGGCAUUGCCUCCAUCUGUCUACCCUUCAGUGUGCAAAAUGAUCAGAACAUACUGCAUGAAUCCAUCUUCUCACCCUGGAUGGACUAGAGUCAUUGUUGAGAAGCCCUUUGGAAAGGACUUGGAUUCUGCAGAAGAAUUAAGUGCCCAACUUGGGGAGCUAUUCGAGGAACACCAACUGUACAGAAUAGACCACUACCUAGGAAAUGAGUUGGUCCAAAACUUGCUUGUCCUUUGUUUUGCCAACCGCUUGUUCAUGCCUCUUUGGAACCGUGAUAACAUUGAUAAUAUACGGUACUUCUGCUCUAGAGAAUUCGAGCGACAAGAAAGUGCAGAGGGCAACAAGCAGCAAGAACAGUUUUUGUUCUUCGACUUCGCCAACAGCACUUGUUCUUGCCGAUUAAGAAGAAUCAGUGGAGAAGAACACGACAAAAGGUUCUUCACCGAGCGUGAAAGACAUGGGAGAAAUCUGCAACGACAUUCAUGGAAGUUCGUAAUUAUCCGUGGCUCUCCAUGCGAGCAAGGAAGUUCGCAGGUAAUCUCCCAUGCGGCUGCGCCAAUGUCAAGAACAGAGGCAAUGUUUGCCUCGCCCAACGUACGUACAAGACGACGGACAAUGUCGACGGCCACUGGACAAUGUCGACGGCCACUAGCGCCCUGUCUGCUAACUUGUUCCUCAUCACCAGCAUCUUCCACGUGAGGAUGAAGUUUGAGGAACAAACAGGAAAAGGGAAUGAGUACCGUGGCCAUGUUCUGGAUCGGUGAAGAAGCAAGCAAUUUUGUUUUCACUAGCGGAAGGACAACAUCAGAACCCGUAAGCAUUUAUGAUGUUCUUAGGCCCUCUUUAGUUCCAAAAAAAAUUUUACAGUACUCGUCACAUCAAAUGUUUGGACACAUACAUAAAACAUUAAAUGCAGUUGAAAAAAUAACUAA